AUGACUUCGAAUGAACGGAAUCAGAAGAAGCACGUAGGUCCGACGGCAGAGUUCAGAAGGAUCAGGAACACUUGUAGCUGAGCCACCUCCUGCGACGUCUGCGCGAACCAAAGAAAACGAUUGGGGAUGUGUACGUGACGCUCGGCCGCCGAUCCCCGUACUACAUGCUCAGUUUGACACUCAAUGCUCUCUUGUUCGCCGUGUUCGAUCACUUGAAUGGCAGAACUCAGUAUCUGAUUUAUUCGGACAAAGAUUUCCAAUAUACUGACGAGUACGGACGGGUGAUGGGAUCGGAGCAUCCGACGGCGAUCGAUGAGAAUGGGAGAUAUGUGAGAGCACGGAGGGAAAGCGUUGAGUUCCAUGGGCCGUCCGUUUCAGAAGACCAACAACGGAGCGAUUCCCCUGCCGACAAUGACCAUUCUACAGAACAUUUCCUCCGUAUUCGGCUGUUGGAUAGCUUUUCUGGUUGCUCGGUGAGCCACAACUGCCUUUUCCCCUCGAAUCGUCUCCCUUUCCAGCUCCUCUCACCGUCUCCGAAUCAUCAUUUUCUCCGUGAUCAUCGUGGCCAGUUUUCUGUUCUCUCAGGCGUUUCUCUUCAGUUUCCUCGAUCGAUUCGCGUUCAUAAUCAGUUCAAUGUUCUCGAAAGCGAUCAGUUUGCUGGCAAUUCAGGCGGCGUUCGAGGCGGGACCCGGAAAGUACAGGAUUUAUGCAGUCGGCUUCGCCUAUUAUCUGGUAGGUCGUUUGGUGAAAGCGUCUAGACUUAUUGACACAAUACGAUGUCUGCGACACUUCAGCUGCACACAUCGUGCACGUUUCCAGGCGUUCUGUUUCGUGUUCGUCACUAUCAUCCUCUUCAAAAACGAGUCUCCGAACUAUGCGGAGACGCACUUCAUGUUGAUCGUCGCCGGUUUUUCCACGUGUUUCGCACUGUUCUGUCCGGAAAGCCUUCUCAAAUCAAUCAGCGAGCGAAACAUUCCGAGAGUUCGCGAAAUCUUUCAAAAGUUUGGCAAAGGAGACAGUUGGUGAAGGGUGGGAAAGCUGGAGAAAUUGUCUGUUUCAGAGAGAAUCUGCUACGAAGCAAUGGUCGAUGACGUUCUGUACAAAGGACACGUGCCCCAGAAUUCGGGAGACGCGCUCAGACAUUUGCUCAAAAUCAAGCCGUUCAUGAAGAAAUUGGCCGCUUUGGCGGUUCUAAAGUGAGCCAGAAAUUGACGGUAUCUUGGCCGCACUCGCCGUUUUCAGUGCCUUCCAAACUCAAAUCAACUCGGGAGAAGCAGAAUUCAUCAACACAAUGCUACCGUACUCCCCGUUGGAAAGUAUUCUAUUCUCCCGAAUCGCGGCUUCCGUCGCCGCUUUGCUCACCAUCUUCUUCAUUGUGAAGUGAGUCCCUCCGCUAACGAACAUAUCCCGGAAUGGAUGGCUGCAGAGUCGGCCGCCGUCCCCUUCUGCUCUUCCUUCUUGCUCUCAACCUGCUCGUCAGUCUCUACGCCUCUCUCAUUCCGAUCGAUUCGUUUUCCGUGUGCUACUCGAGGGACGUUCCCCACGAGCGUUGGGGUGCUCAUCUCAAGUUCGCGUACAUCUCGAUUACCAUGAUCCGCGUGUCCACCAACAUCACUCUUCUUCUUCUGAUCCUCGAGCACAUUCCGGCGCUCUACCGUUCCUACGCCUUCCCUUUGGUCAUGCUCUUUGACGCUCUCUUUGUUGGAUUCUCGGAUGCGGCCCCGAAUUCAGUCAGUGAUUGCCUGUAAGUGUACGGUAUUCUUUUCCCUCUGUUUUCAGGAAAGUUCCCUGUCCGACUCUCCCCUCUUCCUCCGUCCCAUGAUCCGAUACUCUGUUCUCUCGCUCAUUCUCGCUGCUUUUUCGGUUGACGACUCGGAUGCCUGUGUCAUUUCGACUGUAGAGAUUCCGUGCUAUAAUACGGUAAUAGAGCACCGACUGUUGACGUUUAUUCAUUUUAUUUUGUAGGAACAAUUGAAUCCAGCUAAAAGUGAUAAUGAGCUAGUGAACAAUUUCGAGGAAAAGUUCCGAUUACUUUGUGAAGUGAAGGCUGCUGAGGUCGGUUCGAAGAAUCAAAAGACUGAAAUGAUUUGUGUUUGAUUCAGAAGAAAGUUCAAAUGCAGAAGAGGGCCGAGUACGCGGAGAAGGUCAGAAAGGAGAUGGAUGUGUACAGACAGACGACGAAGCGAACGAAAAUGGAGAAGCGCGAGAAGGAGAAGAGGGUCCGACAAUAUAUGGACGCAUUUGAGGAAAAAGUCGAGAAGCACGACGCGGAGACGAAGAAGAUCUUGAUGGAUAUGAGGGAGAUGCGACUGAAUACGAGGGCGAAUUGA